AUGCGUAUUCAUCCUGUGUUUCAUCGGUCUUUGCUACGACCGGCUGAUGGGAUACGUCCAGAUCCAGGGAGGGGACCGCCACCUCCCCCAGUACUUCGGGAGGGGGAAGAGGAGUUUGAAGUUCAAAACAUUUUAGAUUCCCGCUUCCGACACUGCAGACUACAGUAUCUGGUCGACUGGACGGGGUAUGGACCUGAGGAGCGAUCCUGGAUUGAUGCUCGGGAUUUUGGGGCUCCUUUGGGCGGCGUGGGCGGGGCUUGGGGCGGAGGGGGCGUGGCCUGCCCUUCCUCGUCGGUCCCUGCCUCGGCCGGCCGGCCUGCCUGCCUGCCUGUCCGCGCGGCCUCUUUGUGCCUGGCUGGGGAGGCAGCCAUGGGCUGGAGCCGGGGCCUCCGCGCCGCCCCCGCCUCCUACUUCUGCCUCAAGUUCUCCCUCUCGGCCUACGCCACGCUUUUCGCGCUGAUUGGCCUUGUGAUCCUGUGUGUGGGCAUUUAUGCCGAAGUGGAACGGCAGAAGCACCGGACACUGGAGGGGCUCUUCCUGGCCCCAGCCAUCCUUCUCCUCCUCCUGGGCCUCACCAUGUUCGGUGUCUCCUUCAUCGGGAUGGUGGGCUCCCUCCGGGACAACCGCACCAUGCUCAAGAUCUUCUUCUGGGUUUUGUUGAGCAUCUUCAUCAUUGAGCUGCUGCUGCUGUUCAUUGAGAUCAUCUUCGAAAAACAGAUGAACUCUGUCUUCCACGCCAGCCUCCAGGAUGGGAUCAAGCACUACUACGAUGAUUUGGAUUUCAAAAACAUCCUGGACUUUGUGCAGCAGAAGUUCUCCUGCUGCGGAGGAGAUGAGUUCAAGGACUGGCGGGUCAACCCCUACCAUGCCUGCAACAGCAGUGGGGCCCUUGCCUGCGGUGUGCCCUACACCUGCUGCAUCCGCAAGGAGAAAGUCAUCAACACGCUGUGUGGAUACCGGACCCUGGAUAAAGAGCGGUUGGAGCUGGUGGACACCAUCCACGUCCGCGGCUGCAUCCAUGCGGUUGGUCUGUGGCUGAAGGACAACUUUGAAGCCACUUUGGGAAUUGUGUGCUCCCUGCUUCUCCCACAGGUCCUGGGCUUGGUGAUGGCCUGGCUGUACUGGCAGGAGCUGGACGAGAUGCACGAGAACCUGGACAUGGUGGACUUCAAGCGGCUGGACUUCAGCAGCUUUGACUGGGAUGCACUGGACCUCACUGGGGCUGGGUGGUGCUGGUGUUUGCCCAGGGAGGGGGGCUACCUUCCGGUCCGAGACACAGAGGAGGAGGAGGACACAGGGGUGGCCGUGGUGGCCGAUGCCAAGGUGGACAAUGCAGGGGCCGAUGGGAUGGAUGAUGCAAGGGUUGAAAUGGUGGACGAGGCAGGGUUGGACACAGUGGAUGGCACAGGGGCACACUUGGUGGAUGACGGUGCCAUUGGCCAGAGUGUUGUAUGAAUGACCUGCAUGGGUUGUCCAAAGGACCAGCCUCCAAGAGACUGACUGGCCCAAAGCUUGAGAGAGCCAUAGAUGAGGGUCAGCCAACUGUCUUGGGGUUUUUGUUAGAGCAAGGAGAAGGAGCCAUUGGGUGCAAGUAGGCAGUGUGGCCCCUGGACUGUGCUUAACCAGGGCAGCAUCGGGUGCAUUUCUACUGAUGGGGGAGGGUUUUUGUACACCUCGGUUUUUAAUAGUAAACACAGCCUUGUCUUCAUCCGGCACUUCAUUCAAGACAAGAAAAGGCCAAGGUUGGUGCACAAUAUUAAAGGUUCUCUUUUUUGCCCCUUU